UCUCCUGACUGCUUACUGCGGAAUACUACUACAGUGGCGAUUACAAAAUAAGUGGGGAAUAAGAGAUCUCUCACUAACAUCAUUGCUUUACUGAAGAAUCAGAAUUGACGCAGUUACUAUGUUUGUCGCGAAAGCAAUUGCAGCCGAGCACAAAGAUUUAAUUCACGAUGUAUCGUACGAUUUUCAUGGGCGACGCAUGGCAACUUGUUCCAGCGAUCAGACAGUCAAAGUGUGGGAACAGACUGCCGAGGGCACAUGGCAGUGCACUGCCAGUUUAAAGACUCAAAGUGGUUCUGUUUGGCGAGUAACCUGGGCUCACCCAGAGUUUGGUCAAGUGCUGGCUACGUGCUCAUUUGAUAGAACAGCAGCUGUUUGGGAAAAAGAAGCUGGCCAAAACCACUGGCUAAAGCGCACCAGUCUAGUGGACAGUCGUACAUCUGUUACAGAUGUUAAAUUUGCACCAAAACAUCGUGGACUCCAACUGGCCACUUGUUCUGCAGAUGGUGUAGUUCGAAUCUAUGAGGCUGUAGAUGUUAUGAACCUUAGUAAUUGGUCUCUUCAACAUGAAUUCAACUGUAGACUGAGCUGUAGCUGCUUGUCAUGGAGUCCUUCAAGGGUGCAUCCCCCCAUGAUUGCAGUUGGCAGUGAUGAUCCUAAUCCUGCUGCAGGAGGCAAGGUGCAGAUCUUUGAAUACAAUGAAGCUUCCAGAAAGUGGAACAAAGUGGAGACAGUUGUGAUGGUGGCUGAACCUGUUCAUGAUGUCUGUUUUGCACCUAACCUGGGACGGUCAUACCAUUUGCUGGCUAUUGCUUCCAAGGAUCUUUCCAUCAUCUCACUCAAACCACUCAGGAAAGACACAUCUGGGAGUAACAGUGGAAUGAACAAAUUUGAGAUGAGACAAGUAGCUGUGUUUGAUGACCAUGAGUCUCAGGUUUGGCGUGUCAGCUGGAAUGUCACAGGCACUGUUCUUGCCUCAUCAGGAGAUGAUGGUUGUGUACGUUUGUGGAAAGCUAAUUAUCUGGACAACUGGAAGUGCAUAUCUGUACUGAAAGGGGAUGGAACAACAGUUGAUGGAGCUGUUAUAUCUUCUAGCAGCAAUGCUGCUUAUGCUGGAAUAACAGGGGCUUCUAAUGGCACAUUGUUUGGUGGUACUGUCACCACUCCCAGGUAUCCCAGAGGAACUCCUGUUACAGGUGCCAGUUCUGUUGGGCAUUAGUAGCUCCCUAUGAGAUAGCAGUUAAGAUUCAACUUACGAAAGAUAUCCUAUUACCUUCCUCAAGUACACACUGAGCUUAUUGACUGCACCCAUAUAUGAACCUUCUAUUAGAAAUCAUGCCUUGUGAUAUUCACACAAAAAGAACAUUGCAAAAGUCAGUAUUUAUAUUACUAAAUCUAUAACUCCUUGUGCCUUGUGCUUUUUUUUUUUUUUUUUUGAGCUUUCUGUAAGAUCAUGAUUGUAAUAUCCUUCUGUUGCAUAUGCUUAAUCAAAACAUUUGGUUGUACAUUAGAUGCUGACAAGUGUAAUAACUGAUGGUAACAAUAAGUAAAAAUGAACAUAAAUGAAUUAAUAAAAUAUUGUCUUGACGUCAGUUCAUGUGUGUGUGAGUCUGAUGAUUGUAAUAAAGGAUGAAGGUCCUGGUUAAUGUUCAAGUCUCUUAAGUUCUUUUAUUCAACUGUAUUUUGCUGAGUUAGCUACUUGUCAGCUGAAGCAUUACUACCUGGAGAGACUUUGAUGAGCUCUCAAUGGUAGGAUCACUUCCAGCUAUAGAUAAUACAGCUUGUUUGCACGGUUCCAGCAAAGAUAUUGUAAAGGUUGUUCAUUUGGCUGAUUUCCUUCAUUAAACAUUCAGUCUGGCAAGCGGUUUGUCA